AUGAAGCAAGUGGUCAGUCAGAGGCUUGAUAUCCAAAAGGAAGCCCUGGCUGAACGCUAUCUGGGACUACCCACGAAGGCAGGAAGAAAGUUGAGCGACUGUUUUGAAUACCUGCCAUCCCAGGUGAAAGGUAGAGACGUUUUGAUUAAAUCAAUUGCCCAGGCGGUACCCACUUAUUCUAUGAGUUGCUUUCUUCUACCUCUCAAUAUAUGCAACAAGAUGAGAAGUGUUGUGGCCAAUUAUUGGUGGGGUAGCUCUGCUGAUAACCGGCACAUGCAUUGGAUGAGUUGGGAGCGUCUUAAUCAACCGAAACACAAAGGAGGCAUGGGUUUUUGGGACAUGAGGAGUUUCAACUUGGCAAUGCUUGGAAAGCAAGGUUGGCGCCUCAUCACGAGACCAAACUCACUUUGUGCGAGAGUUCUUAAAGGGCGCUAUUAUCAUGACACGAAGUUCUUGAGGACUACCCGGAAAAAGCACGCGAGCAGUACGUGGAGGGCAAUCCUAGCAGGCCGAGACGUACAACAGCGGGGUCUGAUCAGAAGGGUGGUCGAUGGAGAUUCUACUACUAUUUGGGGUGAUCGAUGGAUAGCAGACCACUUUGAUGCUAGGCCAAUCACACCAAGUGUUGCCGGGCAUCCGAAUCUGGUUUCUGAACUGCUGACAACUAGCGGAUCCUGGAAUGUUGAGGCACAGCUAUAUUGCGACAGCCGCUGGGUCGAGGAGAUGCUUUGCCCAAGACGAGAUCGUGCUCUGAUUAUGAUUGGAAUGUGGGCGCUUUGGAUGCUGAGGAACCGGCGACGCCAUGGAGAGCUGACGAUGCCGGUUCAGCAAGCGGUGCUCUGGGCCAAAGAUAUAGCUUAUGAUUUAUGGCAGCUGAGCUACCAAUUUGACAAACCAGCUCCAGCACACAAUAGGGAUAAAUGGAGAAAGCCGGAGGUGGGAUGGUCGAAGAUUAAUACGGAUGAUCUGCGUUCUCAAGAAAGCAAGCAAGGAGCAACCUUGUCCAUUAUCGAGAGAUGA